AUGGUGCAUUCAGAUAGCUGCAUGACAAAUUCCAGACUUAAGGAUGCAUAUGGUGUUAUUGCACCUGAAGCCAGUGUGGCUUUGUGGACUUUGGCUGUGACAAAGAUAUGGAUUAAUCCUACGAUGCCGCAAUCAACUGAGUUUAAAUCCAGGUUUCUGGCAGUACAUCAAUCAAACUUUGAGCGGAUCACUCAGACAAGUUCACAGCAAAGUUACUCUGUUAGAGAUGAGUUAGACAAAGGAAUUGUAUUGUUUAAAACUAUUAGGAAUUUAGUUCAGUGUACGCAGGACUGUAGCUAUUGGAUUGCGGAAAAAUUGGUGAAUUUGGAACUUGACCGGGGAUGGUCAUACUUGGCAUGCAACAAGUGUACUAGAAAGGUUGACAAAGUUGGUACUACAUACUNGGAUGGAACCGCUUUUAUCUCAUUAUUGUUUUGGAAUCGCGAUGCUAUGCAACUUAUAGGGAAGUCCGCAAAAGAACUUAAGGAAGGAUUAGUUGAGACCUCAAUUGCGGAUGCUGAUUGUUCUUAUCUAACUGAACUGGACGAUAUUCUUUAUAAAAAAUUCAUGUUCAAGGUUAUUGUUAAGAAAGAGAAUAUUGAGUCACAAGUCGAAAUCUACAAUUUUCUUAAGAUUACUGAUGAUGAUGAACUUCUGGAGGAAUACGGCAAAUUCGACGACACUAUCACUGAUCCACAGUUUUUUGAUGGACAAAGCUCAAGUGGAGAGAAGCUUUUCGGAGAUGUUAUGGCCGAAAGUGAGAUGAAGUCUGUUUGA